AUGUUUGUUGAUACUAUUGUCGAAGGAAAAAUCCCAGUAAAAGCAUUAAUCGAUACAUCGUCGAAGUUUAAUACCAUUAGCAGGUGCUUAUUUGAUAAGCUUGAAGAAUAUUAUGGAAUACGUGAUCCUGAUGAGAAUCUCUAUGAAGAUGUAAUAGGUGAAAUAAAAUGCUUAGAUUUACAAUUCCAGUAUAAAGGAAAGUGGCAAAGCUUAGAUGAUGGUAUGAGUAUCCCAUUAAAUGGUGAAUAUAGCAGGCCCACAGGCGACUCUUUGAGUCAUAAAACCAGUUCCACUAAAAAUAACUUAUCUAAAUCAAUGGAAUCUAAACCUGGUCUAGCUCAAGAGGAGGCUAUAAACAUAAUCAACAAAAUUCUCUCAGGUACCCAAAAUAUUAAACACCAAAAGAGCCAUCGCGGAAUAUUUCACAAUAUACCUCCCGCACCUCCAACACCCAGAAGGUUAAAUGACGAUGUUUCCAAAAAUAAGAGCAAGAAAAAUAGGGUCAAUUAUUCCACGGAUUCGGAUACUUCUUCCAAUUCAGAUAUUUCUGACUCAAGUGAUUCUUCUUUGACUAGAUUGCGAUCAGAGCUUAUAAAUAUGCAUAAGACUUCAUCUGCAAAGAAACGUCCUAUUAAGCGAAGACGUUGUAAAUAA